UGGAAUAGUUUGGUCAAGGUAUAAUGUUGAAUAAGGGGAUGUGCUUGUUUUCUUUUGCCAGGGAACUUAAAAAGAAGAGGUUGUCAAGAUGCCUGAGACUGGCGGCGCAUCAGUUGUUCCCAAGAAGGGCCUGACACUCGAUGACCUCAUCGCGGCCAUCGACCGACAUGAAAGGAACCCGAGCAACAUCCCAAAGGUCGAUACUUUCCAUUUCUGUGGGGAGAGAGUCUCAGAAUGGCUAGAGUGGGUGGAACAAGCUUUGGACGGACGGCUGAAUGUUGUAAAGUUUCAACGCAUCCUUCAGUAUGUCCUCCACAGAUACCAUCAGGAGGUGAAGAAAGCCAUAAAUGCGGCUCAAGGUAGCUGGGAGAGGUUCAAGGAGGGGAUGCAGAGGAAAUACCGCCUGGGAGACGGAUUGUUGACUACCACGGACCUUGAAGCGAUGAACAAAGAUGAUUUUACGACUAUAGGAGCCUUUGUUCAAGAAUUUAAGAAGARGGCGCGGAAGGUCCAUGGGAUUUCGGAGGAAGCACAGUGCGCCAUCUUCCUGGGGCUACUCACAGCAUCGGAGGCUGUCGAGUUGACGAGACAUGGAGSAGGUAGCACUAAGCUCACCUGGGCCACCAUUGACAGAGGGGUGGAAGUUGGGUGCUUGGACCAGGUGGAACAACGUCAGGUAYGCCUGCAAAGGCAGAAGAGAAAGGAAAGAGAUGCGACCGCUUCUGGGACCCCGGGAGUAACAAGGAUUGUUACAGACGUAUUGGCACAGCUAGGGUAUACGACAGAGCCGGUGGUGCAAAGGAGGGUGGUGACAGCUGUCAAAGUAAAAGGAAAAGAGCCAGUGAUAGAGGAGGCUGGUCAGGAGGAGCUCUGGGAAGAGGAAGAGCCGGUGCCACAACACCUGACGAAGGUCCAGCGCAAAGUGCGUAAUUUGGCGCAGGGCGGACAAGGAUUAGAAAAAGCGCAGGCGCCUCAGGCCCAGGCAGCAGCCCCUUUAAAUAUGGCGGCUCCAUCAUCUAGUACGAGCCCCUCACAAGAGGACGAGGAAGCAUAUUACGAGAGGGAACGAGGGUUGAUUCGACGAAUGAGGGAAAGUACUUUAGCAGGGCCGUGUCGUAUCAACGAAGGGAACGAGAAGGAGUUGAUCAUAGGGGAGUCUGAUUUCCUGCUGCCUCAGGAGCGAACGUUGAUGGUGGAAUUAAUGAAGAGGAAGCAUCGCGCCUACGCGUUUAGUGAUGAGGAGCGUGGGAGGCUGGAUGUAGACAAGAUACAUAUGAUCCGCAUCCACACCGUGCCACACGAGCCUUGGAACAUGAGAGGGGCGCGAUAUCCCAAUCCUGACGAGGAAAGGAAGGUGGUGGAUUACCUCGACGGCAAGAUACGUACUCACGUCGCCGACUAUUCAAGCGGACUGUAUGCGUCCCCGUGGUUCUGCUUUAUUAAGCCUAACGGGACGCUGCGGUGGGAGCAGGAUUUGCAAAGACUGAAUGCAGUGACCGUGCGAGAUGCUGGAGGACUGCCAAAUGCAGACGCGCUAUUGGAAUCCUGUGCUGGAAGGCCUAUAAUUUUGCUUAUAGACCCUUACUCAGGAUACGAUCAGUUCCCUGUCUACCCGCCGGAUAGGCCGGUGACGGCUAUGCACACGUUGCGAGGAUUAGUCCACAUGAACGUGGCCCCACAAGGGUGGACCAACGCAGUAGCAAUGGUCCAACGGGCCAUGAUUCGGGCCAUGCAGCCAGUCAGCCCUCAUAUCACACAGCCAUACAUUGACGAUUUGGCAGUGAAGGGGCCGGCGAUGAAAGAGAGCGACAAAGUCUCACCAGGGGUAAGGCGCUUUGUCUGGAAACACAUCCAGGACCUCGAAAAGGUCCUUAGCCUGCUCGAAGAGCAUAACCUCAUGGCAAGCGGGGCCAAAUCCAGACACUGCAUGAGGGAAGCGACUAUCUUGGGGAUCGUCUGCAGUGAGAAGGGCCGAAGGCCGGAUGUGAAGAAGACGGACAAGAUUACUGAGUGGCCAGUUCCGUUCCACUCAAUAACUGAUGUCAGGAGCUUCCUUGGAAAUGUGGACGAAGUGCCCGAGAGCGAGGACGACGAGUUCGAGGAAGGAGAGAUAAAGGAGGCUUUUCGUGUAGAGGAGUACGACGGGAUCUACCUAGAACUGGGGCUUCUUCUAUCAUGUAAAAUGCGGCUAAGGGAUGCAAGCGAUAGGGCUCAGAUGAUGCUGCAGCGCUACUUAGUGCGAGACGGCCACCAUUUCGUGAGAAGAGAAGUGGAGAAUCCCAGGAGGGUCGUCUGCGGUAGGAAUCGUCAGAUCGACGUCAUAGCAGCACUACACGAUGGCAUUGCAGAAGGGCAUCGAGGGGUACAAGCCACGUAUGCCAAAAUAAGUGAGCUGUACUACUGGGAUGGAAUGAUGGACAUGGUCGGGAAAUUCUGUCGAUCCUGCGUGCCCUGCCAGGAGAGAUCCCGUUUAAGGCAGGGAGAGCCGCUGCAUCCAAGGUUAGAGCGAGAGGUGGGGGCCGUAGUGCAUCUCGAUCUGCUUUUUAUGCCACUUGGGGAUCAGGGCUAUAACUAUAUCUUCGAUGCGCGCGAUAACCUAUCUGGGUUCGUAGACGGGCGUGCUAUUCGCACCAAGACCAGGUUAGUCUUAGUGAGCUGCAUCGAGGAAUAUUACUUGCGUUACCCUUUCGUCAGGGAAUUCGUAAUGGACAGGGGAUCGGAGUUUACCUGCCAGGAGGUGCAAGAAUUGUUAUCAAGGUCUGACUUUACGAAGACAUCCAUGCCAAGAGGAGGGAGGGGGACACGGUCGCCUCGGAGGCCGUUGGGAGCAUCAGGAGGAUAUGAGCGAUAUGGGCCUCGCCAUCGAGAGAGUACUCCAGUAUACGAUGAUGGGGACAUCGAGCUAUUCCUGGACAACUUUUGGGAUCAUGCGAGGCGUAUGGGCUGGAUCGUGGCCCAAGCAAUCGAGAGACUGAGGGGAGUCAGCAGAUUCGAGGAGCCCGUCGCGCGGAUCCGUAGAGAGGCGACGACGAGAUCAGAGGUGGAGUGGAGGAUGCAGGAAUUGCGACCCUCGCCUGUGGGACCAGAUGGCAGGCCGAUCCUGGAGUUUCAUCGUUUUACUGAGGGUGGAUUGAGGAGGUCACCAGCACACACACGGAAGGAGCCGCCAGUGUCUGAAGGGCCGUUGAGAGAGUUAGAGACGCAUCUGGAUAUCUCUCAGUGGAGAGCGUCGCCUCAGGAUGAGAAGCAUGAAGAGCAAGUAGAAGGGGUGCCACGAGAGGAGGUACCACAAAAGGAGGUGUCACGAGAGGAGGUGCCACGUGAGGAGGUACCACGAGAGGAGGUGCCACGAGAGGAGGCGCAGGGUACUCAGCAAGAGAGCAGGUUAGGCGACAUGGGGAGACGUGCAGGGAAGGAAGUGAUAGAGGUUGGAGAGGACACACCCCCACAGGCGCCAGCAAUGGGUUUGAGACUCGGGGAUGCACCAGAGAGCGCCCGUCAGGCAGAGAAGAGAUUGCGGAGAGAGAAGGCCCCACUUCCUUCAUCAGAGAGGGCUCCAUCGCCAGAGGGGAGAGCCGGCAGGAGGAGAGAAAGGGCAGUUGUAAGGAGGAAAGCCUUGACCCUGAUUGAUAGGCACCUAGCAGCUUAUGCCCUGGAGCAUCCAGACCUGGAGGAGCCAGUACCUGCAGAGCCGCGCCAAGAGCCGUACCAACCCGAGAAGGAGAAGGAAGCAGAAAUCCCGAAGAGGGUCGACCUCCGUACGAGGGAAAGGGCGCCAGCUGGAGAGACGGCUGAAGAAAAGAGAGCGAGAAGAACUAGACGGAUAGAUGAGAUACGGCAGGAGAGGCAGAGGUUGGAGGCAGCGGGGGAGCUUCCGGAGUAGCAACAGGAGAGGCAGAGAUCGGAGGCAGCAGGAGCACUCCCAGGUCAGCCACCCAGCGCGCCAGCUAGGGCCCCGGAGAUUCCUGAGAUGUGGAGAGACUUCUGGGAGCAGAGAGGAGAGAAACUUCCAUUGCCAGUCAGAGCCGGCUUUGGGAUGGCCAGGAAGGCGGAAAAGAGGUUAGAUCGUAAAAUCAAGUUCCUGGCCAAGA